UGGGGAUGAAAAGACCGAAAGGAAAAACUCUUCCCCACGGGUGGCUCAGAGCAAAAAUUUUUUGCGGAGAAACGUCCUGCUUUCCCUCCUUUUCCAAUUUCUCUCUCUCUCCUCCUCCUCCUCCUCCUCCUCUCUCUAUCUCUUCCUUCUGCAGCUCCUGUCUUCUUCUUCCUGUUCUUCUCUUUUCGUCUACAUUUUUGGAGUGACGGUAUUACGGGAGGAAAAAGAGAGGAGGGUGGAGAGCGGAAGGUAAUGGAGGCCGCGGCGUACAGCCCGAGGACGGUGGAGGAGGUAUUCAGGGAUUUCAAAGGGCGUAGGGCCGCCAUGAUCAAGGCCCUCACCACCGAGGUGGAGGAGUUCUACCAACAGUGCGAUCCAGAGAAGGAGAAUCUGUGUUUGUAUGGAUUUCCGACAGAGACAUGGGAAGUUGGCUUACCUGCGGAGGAGGUGCCGCCGGAACUUCCAGAACCUGCACUGGGAAUUAAUUUUGCAAGGGAUGGAAUGCAAGAGAAGGACUGGUUAUCUCUGGUUGCUGUGCACAGUGAUGCCUGGUUGCUCGCUGUGGCAUUUUACUUUGGUGCUAGGUUUGGAUUCGACAGGAAUGACAGGAAAAGGCUCUUCAGUAUGAUAAAUGAUCUCCCAACUAUAUUUGAGGUUGUUACUGGGGCUGCCAAAAAGCCAGUGAAGGAAAAAUCAUCUGCCACAAACCAUGGCAGUAACAAAUCCAAAUCAAAUACUAAACGACCAUCUGAAUCUCAGGCUAAAUAUCCAAACGCACAACAUAAGGAAGAUGAUGUGGGACUAGAGGAAGAGGACGAAGAGGAGCAUGGGGAAACACUCUGUGGUGCGUGUGGUGAAAGCUAUGCUUCAGAUGAAUUCUGGAUCUGCUGUGACAUGUGCGAGAGGUGGUUCCAUGGCAAGUGCGUGAAGAUAACCCCUGCUAGGGCUGAGCACAUUAAGCAGUAUAAGUGCCCUUCUUGUAGCAACAAAAGAGGCCGUCAAUGAAGAUGUAAACAGUUAUUGUAUUACUCAAACUCUCUAACAGUAUGUAGUUUCUACCUUUUCUUUGGAUAAGGUGGGGUGAUUUUGUGCUUAUUCGUUGGGUAAGGUGCAAUUGUACGGUUAGUUCAGAUUUUUUUUUUCUGUACAAUCUUCUUUUAGGAAAUAUUUUCUCCCUAAGCUUCUCAUCGAUAUUC